UUUUAGAGAGAGAGAGAGUAGCAAGAUAGGAAAUUAUACUAGGUUAGAAUAGAAAAAAAUGGGUCGGAAGAGGUUUGGUGUGUUGAUGUGUGCAGAAGAUUCAGAACAUGUGAUAAAGAUAUACGGAGGGUAUUUUAGGGUAUUCAUGAAAAUGUUGGAGGAGGAAAAUGAGACUUGGGACAUGUACAAGGUUUCAUGUGGAGAGUUUCCUAAAGAUGAUGAUUUGUGUCUCUAUGAUGGCUUUGUGAUUUCAGGUAGUUGUAGUGAUGCUUAUGGAAAUGACAAAUGGAUUUGUGACCUUGUUACCUUGAUUAAGAAAUUGGACUCCAUGCAUACAAAAAUUCUAGGCAUUUGUUUUGGCCACCAGGUACUUGGUCGUGCAUUGGGAGGUAAGGUGGCUCCCUCUCCUUCUGGUUGGGACAUUGGUGUGAGAAGCAUAACAUUGUCAUCACAUGUUUCCUUCCCUUCUCUCAACCUUCCAACAAAGCUUUCCAUUAUCGAAUGCCACAGGGAUGAGAUACAAGAAUUGCCUAAAAAGGCAGAAGUGAUUGCUUGGUCGGAUAAAACUGGAAUUGAGAUGUUUAAGUAUGGACAUCAUAUUAUGGGAAUUCAAGGUCAUCCUGAAUAUUCUAGAGAUAUUCUUUUGAAUCUUAUUGAUCGUCUAAUCCAGAGAAAUUUCAUCAUGGAAGCUUUUGCUAUAGGAGCAAGGGAGAAGGCCGUUGUGUUACAGCCAGAUACAAAUGUCUGGAAAAGACUCUGCAUCAACUUUCUCAAGAAUGGAUUUUGAAUGGAAUAGAUUGAAGAGUGGAAAUUCAUCUAAGUGAUCAUCUAAAAAAGUUUAAAUGAAAGUUAGUAGGACGAUAUAAGUGUUUGCACUGAGAUUGAUGUAGCUUAGAAUUAAAAGUAGGGAUGAGUAUAGGUUAGACGGUUCGUGAGAGGCCUAUAUUAAGUCUGAA